AAGAUGGAGGCGAUCACGUGAUAUCUACAAAAUAAGAAAUAGGCCCGCUUAUUAUUUUAUUAUAAGAGAAAAAUAUUGUGGCAAGAAAUCAAAUAUAAUGAAAUUUGCGUAUACUAUUCUUUAUGUUGCAAACGUUCCAAAAACAAUUGAAUUUUAUAAAAAUGCUUUUGGAUUUAAGGAGAAAUUUGUAACUGGGGAGAAUGAUUAUGGUGAAUUAAUUUCUGGUGAAACAACAAUAUCUUUCGCUAAUUUUGAAUUAGCUAAUCAAAAUUUAAAGUCUGGUAAUAGUUUUCAACAUAGCUCACUUGAUCAAAAGGCUUUUGGUAUUGAAUUGGCAUUUACAACUGAAAAUAUUGAUGAAGAUUUUCAACAGGCUUUAAACGCUGGAGCCACGUUGGCAGAGAGUGUUAUUGAGAAACCGUGGGGUCAAAAGGUGGGAUAUCUUCGUGAUAUAAACGGUUUCUUAAUAGAAGUUUGUACACCUAUUAAAAUGGGGAAAUAA